AGGCUCGGGGGGACCUCAUCGCUCUCUAUUACUGCCUGACGGGAGGUUGCAGUGAGCUGGAACCAGUUUCUUCCACCGUGCCUGUACUGAGAGGACCGGAGGAAAUGGCCUUAACCUGAGGGGAGACUCAGAUUAGAUACUAGAACAACUUUUUUACUGUUAGGAUGGUCGGGCGUUGGAAUAGGUUGCCCAGGGAGAUGGUGGAGACUCCCUCCCUAGAGUUGUUCAAGAGGUGUCUGGAUCUGGCGCUGGGUGAUUUGGUUUAGGGGUCACAGUGGUAGUGUCGGAUUGACGAUUGGACAGGGUGGUCAUAAAGGUCACUUCCAACCUUGGUUCUAUGAAAAGUGGCGGAGCCCGCGCCGGGGCAGAGAGACUACGAGUCCCAGGGGGCCGUGCGGGAAGGGGGCGGGGCUCGCGCCUGCGCAGGCGGUGGGCGCCGCCGGGCCUGAAGCAGAGUCAUCAAUGUGUUCAAGAUAUAUAUUUGAAAGGUGGGGAACUAGUGGAAGAGUUGCAACUUUUUGAAGAUACAAACCUUACCAUAUCUAGAAAGGAAUAAAGGAAACUUCAUCCACACUUCAUCAAAAUGCAGCGGAGUCUGUUACAUUCUGCAUCUCAGCUGGCGCACGGGACGUGUUGGUUCUUCCCUCGCACUGGUGUCUUUCAGUGCUUAAAAGGACAGUCUGUGUUGUCUAAUGUGGGAUGCAAAGUGAUUCUGGCAUUGGACCCUCCUAAACGAUGUCUUCAUGCAGGUGCAGCUCACUUUGCCUCAGAGAAAACUGCUUUUUCAUCACAACCAGCAGACUCUUCUCACAAAGUACCAGAAGAGAGAAAUCCUUUGCAUUCAGCCAGUGAUGUGCCCAAGCAGAGCCCUGCAGAGUCAGAUUCUUCAGAACCCGAUCCAUUACAAGACAAAUCCAUUAGUCUCGUUCAGAGGUUCAAGAAAACUUUUAAGCAGUAUGGAAAAGUCAUGAUUCCAGUGCACCUUCUGACUUCCACUGUAUGGUUUGGAUCCUUUUACUAUGCAGCCAUGAAUGGAGUAAAUGUUGUUCCAUUCCUAGAGUUGAUUGGCUUACCAGACAGCGUAGUAGACAUCCUGAAAAAUUCCCAGAGUGGAAAUGCACUAACUGCAUAUGCAUUAUAUAAAAUUGCAACUCCUGCCAGAUACACUGUGACUUUGGGAGGAACAUCCGUCACUGUUAAAUAUCUACGUAAGCAUGGCUACAUGUCCACACCACCACCAGUAAAGGAAUACCUACAAGACAGGAUGGAGGAAACAAAGGAUAAAAUUACAGAGAAGAUGGAGGAAACAAAGGAUAAAAUUACAGAGAAGAUGGAGGAAACAAAGGAUAAAAUAACAGAGAAGAUGGAGGAAACAAAGGAUAAAAUUACAGGGAAGAUACAAGAAACCAAAGAUAAAGUUUCAUUUAAAAAAAUAAAGGAGUAGGAGAGAUGCUUAAUUUUUGGAUAUAUCAAACUUAGCACUUUAACCCUUUCUGAGGCAGGAUAUGCAAAGUGCACUUCUGAGCUUCUUUUCUUUUUUUCUUUCUUUUCUUUUUCUUUGCCCCUUGUCUGGAGACUACAAUUGCUGUGUGGAUUUAAAGUUCCCUGGGGUAGAGGUUGUGACUAUGUUUCAAUAUACAGAAGGAAAAGUGAAUCUCAGAAGUUAACAUGUCCCUUGGUAAUAAUGUUAACAAUUACUCUUCCCUCUUUUUUUUCCACACCCUCCUCCUCAAAAUGAAGGUGAUUUCUGCAAAAAGCCACUACUCUGUUCUUCUUCCAUCAUAGUGCACAGCCAUUGUUCCACUAAGCCGAGCCUUCCAUUAAAUGAGAAUGACAAUUUCUCUGUUGGGAAGGGCAACGUGUAGGUUUUUAGAGUAUGUGGACCCAAGCCUCUUCAAUUGUGAUCAUCUCUCAACUUGGAGCAGACCAUUGUCACUGAUACUGCACAUGAAGGAAUUGAUGGAUCAGCUACUCAGCAGGAAUUAAUUACAAUGGCUUCCUUGGCUUCAGCCAGGCUGCAGUGGUUUACAGGUUGAAACUAUGAAUCUUUCUUGAACACUGCAUCUCUUCAGAAAUCUCAACUGAAAGCUAUAGGAAGAUGAGUUAAUCACAAUAGCCAUAUUGUCAACUAUACUUUGUUUCCUGAAGUUCAUUUACAGUAGAAUGUCAUUAAAUGAAAUUAAUCAAUAAUUGUAUAUUAAACACUAGGAUGUUUUAUUGUGUUAAAGUUUACAAACCUGCUGUGUUUCAUUUUUAAAACAAAAAAAAAUCUGAAAGAGAGGGGUUUUUUGAGAAAUUGCUAUACUAAGGGGCUUUUUAAACACAUGGAAAGUUAAACCCCCGAAGUUCCUCCUGCUAUUCAGAAAUCCCUCAGACUUCAGUAGAACAAUUUGACUAAAAUAAGUAUGAUUUCUGAGACAGUGAUCACAGUCUACCAAACUUUUUUUCCCCUAGAUUUUCUUAAGUCUUAUUCAUACCUGAAGGCUGAAAUGCUGUCUCAGAUGUCAUAAAGGACUAAAGUUGAAACUGUUCUAUUUGACUGGGCAGGCAAACUUCUCUCAGUUUUACUAAAAUGUAGGCUAAAUUGAAGUGUGUUUUUCCUAUUUCUACUACAGAUCUCACCUUGUAGCAACUCAGCAUGUGUAAGUUGUUUAACAAAGGUGCUUUUUUGCAGGGGGAUAUGGGGAAAACAGAGUGAGACCCUGAGCAAUUGACUGAAAAAAUACAGCUGACGAAGUAUCAGCUCUGCCCCACUGUCCUGUUCACAUUCAAGUCACUGGGGGCCUCUCAGUGUUUGAGUUGAACUUCAUUAACUUAAUUGUGCAGAAUUGAUUACAUACUUCUCUGCCUCUGUCCACAUGUAAAAUAGUAACUGCACUCUAAUGCCUACCUCACAGGGAUGUUGUGAGGAAUAAUCAUUGUAUAUUCAGUGACCUGAAGAUGUAAAGUGCCAUGUUUCUGAUAAAUAUUACUAAAAAAAAUAUUUCUGUGAA